GUAAAUAAACCAAAAUCAAAAUUUUUAUCAUCAAAUUAUGGACUACCGUUGUAUAUGCUUUACACUUAUAUUACUACAAAUGAGUUAGUUCGAAUAAAUUAAAUCAACAGAAAUGUUGGUCAGAGAUUUAAAAAAGAUUAUUUUAUGGUAUGGAAUACAGUAGAACCCCUCUCGUCCGCUCUCGGCUGGUCCACCGCUCAGGCUGAUCCAACCAUAAUAUAAUUGUAACAAAGACAGUGAAACUAGUGAGGAGCUCAAUGACGACCAGAUUAUUACCGUUGUUUUGGAAAAUAAUGGUGAAGAAACUGUGAACGAGGAUUCGGACGGUGAUGGUGACAAACCACCUACCCGGAUUUCACACACUGAUGCCAAGGACGCGUUUGAUAUUGCCCUUCACUACAUAGAGCGAAAUUCAACCUCAUCACCCAUGGACAUUUUGAGGAUCAAGAAAUGGAGGAAUAUUGUAGCUAAGUCUAGGUUUUCAUUUGCUAAACAAAAAUCUAUGACUGACUUUUUUCUAAUGUAAAGUAUAAUAAAUUCUAAUAUAAUCUUGUAUGUAAUAUGUAAAUAAAAAUGUUCUGUAUAUUUUUAUAAUCCCAUCUUUUUCGCGUUCCGACCACACCCCCAGUCCCAAAGGUGACGGAUUAGAGAGGUUCUACUGUAAUUAUGAUUAAUAACUGUUAAUUAAUAAUUACGAAUUUAUCACUGUAACAACAAUUUCUUAGAACACAACAUAAUAUUUCUCCAAAAUAUUAUAAAAAUAAGCAUGUUUUUGAGCUAAUAAAAUAUAGUAAUGGUUAAACGGAAGCAACCGGACACCGACCCAUCGGGCUGCUUUUAGAAUCAGACAGGUGGCAAUACUUCCCCACCUUGCCACUCACCGAAUGACGCCACUGAUAUACAGAUGGGACAGAAAUCAUACUCAAACUCGUUGCCUUAAAUACCUUAAGUGAAUAAAAAUAACAGUUGAUUAAUAAUAAGCACAAAAAAAUUGUACGUAAGUUUUAAGACUUUGUUCAUAUUUGGUUGAAGUUUCUACACAGCGGCUUCUCGAAAGUGUGACAGGCCCACAGUACUAAAAUCCUGCGUACGCCGUUGGUUUAGGUACUUGUGGAGUAUGCUACCUGUCAAAAUCUAUUCACUUGUACUUUAUCUACCAAAAAAAGUAAUCUACCUACUAAUUAAUUACAAUUUAAUAAACUAAAACUUACUUAAUGUAUUUCUGAUGAUCACCAAUAUCGAUAAUUACUUUAAAACCUUAAAUAUUUUUAUACGUCAUAUUGUUUUUUUACUCAAUCCCAGUCAAAAUAAGUUAUCGGGUCUUAGUGGACCAGUUAUAAAUUUAUCAUAGUGGUUAAUGUUGGGUGUUGUAGACUAUAGUAAUGUAUGACUGUUAAUGCUGUGCAUAUUAAUGACUCAAGUAGCAAGCAUUUUCGGCGGGUAAUAAAAUAAAAUAAGAAAUAUACAACUUUUAUAAGUUAAAAAUUUAAUUUGACUGUAUUUUUAUCGAUUACAUAUCAGCUACUCUCGAAUAUUUUCCAUACACAUCAUCUAUAAAAUUAACAGUAUGAUUACUUCUUUUACAAGGUCGAAAUAAAAUACCAUAAAAUAUGUUAGUCUGCAUCAAAAAGCGGUGACAGACACAGGAAAAAAUGAGCACAUAAAACGAUAUACCUAAAUCGCUCCCUCUGUUCUUCGUAUUGUCGGUAUCGCUCCGCUCGGAAUUUAAAUUACAUAAUAUUAUGAACGGUGAAAAUAUUGGGUAUAUUUAAAAUUUAAUAAUUUAUUUCUUUAUCUGCAUACAAGUGAAAAAACGGUUUCUUAUCUCUAUGUUUCGAUAAUUUACCUUUGUCCAUAUACUUAUAUGAAAUACUGAGUAGACAUUAUAAAUGUUUCACAGUAAUAUAGGUACCUAAUAUGUAAACUAUAUUUUACAUUGUGCACCAUAAUUAUUUUUGUCGUCAACGUGAGUGCAUCGAAUUUACACUAUAGGUAUAUGUACUACGUAAUACACGACUAUAGUCAUUGUCAUCAGUUCAGCAGUUUACUUUUACCGAAUAUACCAAAUAGUCAAAAUAUCUAAUAUCGGUUAGAAAUUAACAUGAGUGUGGAUGAAAAUGCACUUCUAAUUUUUGACGAACCCACAGCAACAUUUAUGCCCGGCCAAACCAUUACCGGCAGAGUUGUAUAUCUAUGUAGAAACCCUUUGGAUAUAAGCAGUGUAACAAUUAAAUUUCGAGGAAAAUGUGUUUUAUCAUGGACAAAGUGGAACAGUCAAUACAUUGGAAAGCAAUUAUACUUAAAAAAUGAAAUUGAUCUGUUUUGUGAUAGAGGUGAGUCACAAGUCGGUAAAUAUGUCUUUCCAUUUAAUUUCCAUUUACCACCACGUAUACCGUCAACAUUUUUUUGUAAAUAUGGAUACAUAUGCUACAAAGCAAAAGUAAAAAUUUGUAGACCAUGGAAAUCAGAUGUCAUAAUUAAGCUGAUGUUUAUCGUUCUUUCUCCUAUAAACCUGAAUAAUGUACCAACAUUAUCUGAGCCCCAAUGUGCAUUAAAAGAAAAGUCCCACAGUUCCUGUUUUUUUGUAUCUGGCUUAAUGAAAUUGCAAGCCUAUAUCCCUUAUAGUGGUUUUGUACCAGGACAAACUAUACCGGUCACAGUUAAAUUGGAUAACGAAAGCAAUGUGAAAGUAGAUUGUGUUGUAAUAAGACUAGAAAGAAGAUGGAUAAUAAACACUAGUCAUUAUAAAUACUCAAGAAAAUCAGAUAUUGUUUAUAAAACUAUAACAGGUACUGAAAAACACACUACAAGAACACGUGUAGUAAAACUUCAAGUUCCCGAUACUUUGAUGAUACUUAAUUUUAAAUAUUGUAAAGUUAUAACUGAGACGUUUACUCUACAUGUUGAGGCUAUUGGAUGUGAUGUUGCAAGAGUUGCUUUUAACGUAAUGUUGGGUAAUGUUCCAUUGAUAACUGCUAGCGAUGCUCAUCAAAAUAAUCAAACUUUUCAACAUACAAUUCAAAAGUAUUGUUCCUAUAAAUCAGUUCCAACAACUUCUUUUCCAUUUGUAGAUUGAGCUGAUUU